CUUUACUUAUUUUUUGUGUUUGUUAGUUUAUUAAAAAACCCGAGUGUGUGAGAUGAACGCUGGGGAAAGCGAAAGUGAAAGUUAUCGCGCUGAGACUCACAGACAAUCUGAUUGGUUCUUGAGGAGACAGUCAGAGCGAGCUGGAGAGUAUCUGAUCUACAGACUAUACUCCGUGCUGAUGUGUGUGUGCUGUGUAGAUACAGAUCAGACCGAAAGUCGACCAUUAAACGAGGUAAAGUUCAGGGAAGUACUGAAACAAGCUGAAGGAAAAAAUUAACGACUAUAGCCAACAUUUCUCCAGAUCCUGCUCUUUAUCAGCUAUAUAUGGACAACCAAGACGUACAGUCUAAAGAAAAGGAUGAAUCCAAAGAGAAAAUUAAAAAGACACUUGACUCAGAUCAUGGAGAUGAGACACAGACGACCUCUACAGCUGGUGAAAAUGAAGCUGAACCGGUAAAAAUAAAGACCAUAGAACAAGCUCCUGGUGAAGAACUCAAGCAAGACGUGUUUGACGAGCUAUAUAUGGACAACCAAGACGUACAGUCUAAAGAAAAGGAUGAAUCCAAAGAGAAAAUUAAAAAGUCAUGCCAACAGGAUGAAGAUAAUGAAUCUAAUCGCUCUCUAUCUCCCCCGCCCAACUUUCCUGAAAGUGGAAAACCAGUGGAGCACAAAAAAAAGGAUUCCCAGAAAAAAAAAGUAGAAGUAGCUGGCAAGAAACAUCAGAAUAGAAAACUGUUGCCUAAGUAUUUCCAGAAAAAAAAGGAAGAAUUGGAUGGUGGAAUUGGAAGAGAGCACAGAGAAACAGUGGAGAGCAUAAAGAAGGAGCUCCAGAAAGUAAAAGAAGAAAUGGAUGAAAUGAAACAUCAGAAUAAACAACUGUUAGAGAAGUAUUUCCACAACAUAAAGGAAGAAUUGGAUGGCUUGAAACAACAGAAUUUAAGAGAGCACAGAGAAACAGUGGAGAGCAUAAAGAAGGAGCUCCAGAAAGUAAAAGAAGAAAUGGAUGAAAUGAAACAUCAGAAUAAACAACUGUUAGAGAAGUAUUUCCACAACAUAAAGGAAGAAUUGGAUGGCUUGAAACAACAGAAUUUAAGAGAGCACAGAGAAACAGUGGAGAGCAUAAAGAAGGAGCUCCAGAAAGUAAAAGAAGAAAUGGAUGAAAUGAAACAUCAGAAUAAACAACUGUUAGAGAAGAGAACCCGCGCUUGGAUUUCCUUGGAUUGCCUUCAUCCUUGGAUGGCCUUUGUGGUUGGAGCCAUUGCAUUGUUUAUUAUGUUGGGUGUGGCUUUCAAAGAACAAAAGAUUGAUCAUCAUGAGCUGAGACUGAUGCUGGUGGGUAAAACUGGAGCUGGGAAGAGUGCUUCAGGAAACACCAUCCUGGGAGAAGAAGCUUUCAGAGUCGAGGCAUCUCCAGCUUCUGUGACUCAAGACUGUAAGAAGAAAAACAAAGUUGUGGACGGAAGAAACGUCACUAUAAUGGACACUCCGGGGGUCAUGGAUACCUGGUUAAUGUCAGAUGAAGAAGCUCAGAAUGCACCUGACUGUAUUUCCAUGAUCGUUCCUGGUCCUCACGUCUUCCUGCUGGUGAUCAGAAUCGGGAGAUUCACCAAGGAGGAGGUGAACGCUGUGAAGUGGAUUCAGGAGAACUUUGGAGAAGUAGCUGUGAAGUUCACCAUGAUCCUGUUCACUGGUGGAGAUCUGCUGGAGAGGAAGCCCAUUCAGAAGUUCAUCAGUAACAGUGUUGAGCUUCAGAAUCUUGUAGAAACCUGUGAUGGUAGAUACCACGUCUUCAACAACUACGACAGAAGUGACAGAACUCAGGUUACAGAAUUAUUCCAAAAGAUAAAGCUCAUGCUACAUGAAAAUAUGGGAUACAUGUACACAAAUGAGAUUUAUAGUGAGGUCCAGCUGGCCGUCAGGGAGGAAGAGGAACUAAAGAAGAAGGAGCUGAUGAAACAGAUAAAAGAAGAGAAAAUGAAACUUGAGAACAGGGAGGAAGAAUUUAGGAAGGAGGAGGAACUGAAAUGGAGUCAAGCCAUAGAAGUGAUCAAAGCAGAAGAGCAAAAAAAGCUGAAUAGGAUGGCAAGUGAAUUAAGAGAUGAGCAGUACGAGAACAUGAAACUUAAGGCAGAGUUACAAGAGGCACAAAGCUAUAAAUUUUGGGCAGGUUUUAUCAUACUUGUUUUUAUUUUUUGUUUCAUAUUUGUUGCUGUACUAAACAAAUGAUUUAAUAAAUGCCGAUGCAGACAUAGUUGUUUUAUAUGGCUUCAUUUGUACAAAAAUAAAUGAUUACAUAUAAAAACAAAGGCCCAUCUCAAGUAAAUAAACAGGUCUCUAAAUGUAUAUAUUGUUUGUAAAUCUGCAACUAUUUACAGUGAAACAAACGGAACCAAAGGACAUCAACAAAGUGUGACUCAACAAAAUAAAAAAUAAAUGUGCAAAUAAAAAAGAAACCAAGCAUCCAGGAGAUGUUUUUUUAGAUUAGCAUUAAAGAUUAGCAUAAAAAAGAAGCUGAUCUUUAAGAGGCUGAUUCUGUUCUGAAUGUGAAAUCAGUAUCACACUUUUUUUAAUGUUCCAUUGUAUCUAAAUUCUGGCAAGACUUUUCUUCUUUCUUUUUGAAGAACAUCUCAGUGAAUAUAAACAUUGGUGAUAUGUUUUUCUUCAAACCCUGAUCUUGAUAUAGAGUAUUGAAGAGUAACUGUUUAUUUUACCUUGAGUGUAUUGACAAAUAUCUUUCAGUUAUGAUUACUUAUCUUAGUAUCUAUAAUUACAUAACCAUUGUGUGAAACCUUGUAUUUUAUAUGCAUUAACCAAUACUCACCUUACAUUUGAUCAUUUUUACUCACAGUGUAUUUUACACGCAUUUAUAUAAAAGAUUAACCAAUAAUCACAAUAUAUUCUUUACAUAUAUAGUAAAACACUGUUUGAUCAAGCAUGUGACUAACGCCAACCUUAUUAUGACAAAUUAACCCACAUGAUACAUAAGGCGUUUACUAACACAUAGGACCUAUUAUAUGGCGGACUAACCACGCGCCACUAACACAUUAACAUAUAAUAUAUGGAACCCAUUGUGCGACACGUAUAGCUUAUGCUUGAAGCAUUUUGUUUACUGCAUGUUUCUGACUAACAAUCAAUCAUCAGCUAGUGCACUCUGUAUGAACUAAAUUGAUACAAAGGAGACUUCGGGACGAACAGUGUGGCCUUUCACUCUGUGCGUGCAAAGUUCUUCACCUACCAAAGCGGG